GCUCCAGAGUGGCGCACGUGAAGAUGAGUCAGAGGAGGACCCUCCAGCAUGGAGGUCUCUGGGUCUCUGCAGAACUGUCCGCUUCCUAUCGUCCUGCUGGUCCCGGUUCUGCUGGUUUCUGUCGGGGCUCGGUCGGACCCUGGCUGGACGGCCCACCUGCUGUGUUCAUGUCUCCAGGACAAAGACAUCCUCGGCAUGAUGAUCACCACGCCUGACCUUCCAGACAAUGAGUACUGCUUCUUCAUCCGGGACGGCCACGAACAACCAAAAUACCAGAACGCUGCGUUUGCUGGACGUAUGUUCGGGACAGGAGGUCCUAAUGUGACCAUGAAGGAGGUGACCAGCAGCGAUGAGGUGCAGUACACCUGCCGAGGCUGGUACAAAGGCCCCGGGAAUGAGACCAAAGAGACCAUGUGUCCCGCCAACCUGACUCUCCCAGGUGGACCCACCCCGAGACCUCCAGGACUGCCAGAGAUCGCACUGAUCGUUUUGGCUUAUGUUAUCAUUGGAGUUACUGUCGUCAUUGUUGUGAGAAGAUGUGAAAUCAGGAUAUUCUGCACUAAAACAGAGGAGAAAAGAGAUGCUCCAGUUAAAUUUUAUCAUGAUAAGAGGAUGCUGGGGCGUCUACAGUCUCUGAUCAAACUUCAGUUAUGAGGAGGACCUGAACCUGUCAGACUGCUGACCUACCAGGACUAAAUAGGCAGUAAAACUACAAAGCCCAGCAUGCCUUGCUGUAGUUGACACCUCAGUGUGAGCUGGUCCCUCCUCAGAGGAUGUGCUGAUACUUCAGGGUCAGUUUAAAGUUCUGCUGCAGCUCUAGCUGGACGUCUGCACUGUAAGUGUGUUUCUGUGAUCUAGUAUGGACCUUUGUGAUGCUGAAGGGUUCAUCUCUAUUUUUAUACUACAUUACCACAGUGACCUGCUGAUCUGUGUUUUUAUCAUGAUACUUCCUGUUCCUCCAUACUAACCCAGUCUUACUGGACUAUUUUUAUCCUUCCCAUGUCAAACCGCUGCUCUGCUGCUAAUCAGUCACA